GUCCUUAGGUUAUUUUUUUCUUUUUGAGAUCAGAAGAGUUCCUGUAAAAUCAGGUGACAGAGGAAAACAGUUUGGUGAAGAUCUCAACGAAGCGUCAGAGGGUAGACUGUAAACAAGAAUAUUCAUCAUGCAAGCACAAGAUCUGCUUCGAAAUCUACGACUGCCAGAACUUGGUGAAGUCCGUCAGUAUGUGCGCACACUACCAACCAACACCUUAAUGGGCUUUGGUGCAUUUGCCGCUUUUACAACUUACUGGUAUGCUACGAGACCCAAAGCUUUGAAGCCACCCUGUGACCUAGCAAUGCAGUCUGUGGAAAUAGAGGGUUCUCAGCAUGCUCGUAAAAGUGUAAUUCUUAAUGGUGACCAACUUGUGUCCUACUAUUACGAUGAUGCUCGCACACUGUAUGAAGUCUUCCAAAGAGGCAAGCUGGUAUCAAAUAACGGUCCUUGCUUGGGCACUAGAAAAUCAAACCAGCCAUAUGAAUGGAUAACUUACCAAGAGGUAGAAGACCGAGCUGAAUGCCUGGGUUCCGGAUUAAUCCAUUUGGGUCACAAGCCAGCACCAGACCAGUUCGUGGGCAUCUUUGCACAAAAUAGGGCUGAGUGGACUAUAUCUGAACUAGCUUGCCACACAUACUCCAUGGUGGUGGUUCCACUCUAUGACACUUUGGGAUCUGAAGCAAUCGGUUACAUCAUUGAGAAAGUGGAGGUGACCACAGUUAUCUGUGACAAACCAGCAAAAGCCAAGUUACUUUUGCAGAACAUAGGAAAAAAAGAGAUUUCAUGUUUGAAGACCAUCAUUGUUAUGGACCCUGUAGACACUGAUGUUUUCGAACAGGCAAAGGAAUGUGGGGUUGAGGUCCUACAAAUGAAGGAAGUAGAGGAACUGGGAAGGGAGAACAGACACAAACCUGUGCCUCCCACACCAAAGGACUUGGCUGUCAUUUGUUUCACUAGUGGAACAACAGGGCAUCCAAAAGGAGCAAUGAUUACCCAUGAAAAUGUUGUGUCCAAUGCAUCUGCCUUUGUGAAAAUUACAGAGAAAGCAUUUUUUCCCUCCACUGAGGACGUGCUAAUCUCCUUUUUACCUCUGGCACAUAUGUUUGAGAGAAUCGUUGAGAACUCUUGUCGUCUUGGCCCCAGUGACACACAAAUUUCCUUUUUACCGCUUGCACACAUGUUCGAGCAACUGGUUCAGGUUGUGAUUCUUUGUCAUGGUGCAAGGAUUGGAUUUUUUCAAGGUGACAUAAGACUUCUUAUGGAUGACCUAAAAGCUUUACAGCCAACUGUUUUCCCUGUAGUACCACGUCUUCUAACCAGAAUGUUUGACAAGAUUUUUAACCAGGCAAAUACACCUAUCAAGAGAUGGCUACUGGAGUUUGCUUCAAAGAGAAAAGAGGCAGAACUUCGAAGUGGGGUUGUGCGGAAUAACAGUGUGUGGGACAAAGUUAUCUUCAAUAAAGUGCAGGCCAGUCUUGGAGGCAAAGUAAGACUAAUGGUAACAGGAGCAGCACCGGUUUCGCCUAUUGUUCUGACAUUUCUCAGAGCAGCUCUGGGCUGUCAGUUCUAUGAAGGUUAUGGACAAACUGAGUGUACAGCUGGUUGCUCGUUAACGAUGCCUGGAGACUGGACAGCAGGUCAUGUGGGGGCACCAAUGCCAUGCAAUAUAUUAAAGCUUGUUGAUGUAGAAGAAAUGAACUACUUUGCUGUUAGAGGAGAGGGUGAGGUUUGUGUAAAAGGGCCCAAUGUUUUCCAAGGUUACUGGAAAGAUCCGGAAAAAACAGCUGAAGCCAUUGAUGAGGAUGGCUGGUUGCACACAGGAGAUAUUGGGAAAUGGUUACCAAAUGGCACUUUGAAGAUUAUUGACAGAAAGAAGCACAUAUUUAAACUUGCACAAGGAGAAUAUAUUGCACCUGAGAAAAUAGAAGCUGUUUAUUUGAGAAGUGAAGCAGUUGCCCAAGUCUUCAUCCAUGGAGAUAGUUUACAGGCAUGCCUUGUAGGGAUUGUCAUACCUGAUCCAGAAUCAUUACCCAGCUGGGCAAAAAAAAGGGGCUUUAAUGGAUCUUGCUCUGAGCUGUGCAAAAGCAAGGACUUGAAGAAACUUAUUUUGGAAGAUUUACUGAGGCUGGGAAAGGAAGCUGGUCUGAAGUCAUUUGAGCAGGUAAAGGACAUAAUCUUGCAUCCAGAAAUGUUUUCAAUUCAAAAUGGUUUGCUGACACCAACCUUAAAGUCGAAAAGAAUGGAGCUACGGAAAUAUUUUCGAUCACAAAUUGAUGAAAUGUAUUCAAAGAUCAAAAUGUGAAGGGCUAAAAAUUGAGCAAAUGCACAAACCCAUCCUUUUCAUUGUUCAUCAUCUUUGUUCUGAUUUGAACAGUACAGACCCUGAUCAGAAAACUGUGUUGCAUGGCAGUUACAUGUGAUGGGAGUUGGUGUAUUUAUAGGAAUGUUGAGUGGAAGAUGAGGCUGCUACAAACUUGAUUUUGUAAUGCCACUCAAAUUUUCAUUAACAUAUUUUUCUUGUAUACUUAUUGUUGUAAAGGGCAAGUAAGAUGACUAUAUUGAGUCAAAUGUUAUUUAUUAGCUUUAUCAGUAACUUGCUAUCCUUAAGUACAUUUUGCUGGAACAGUUCUUACACUGUAGGGCACAUCACAUAUAGAAUUGUGAGUAUAAAUAUUUUCCUUUAAUGGGAAAGCACUAAGUACUAUAUUUGUGGUAGAGAAAGAUAAGGAUCAAAUCUGUUUUCAACUUGAAAUGUUUGUAGAUGCACUUAGGGCAACCUAGGUUUGUAAUGUGGUUUUACAAAUUAGUGUGGUGUGGAGACGUGGUAAUUUUAGUGAAAAAAUUGCAAUAUUUUAAAAUUUAUAUCUGUAUAAAAGGGAAAUGGUCUUUAACACUAAACUCAUGCAGGGUAUUGUUCCAGUAUUAUGCAGCAUUUUGAUACCUCUGUAAAAUAAAAUAUUUUAUAAUUGUAGAUUUAUGAAACAGAUUGAAGCAUUUAAUAAGACAAGUGAUUAAACAUCUAACUUUGUGGCAGUUUCCCAGUGAAAUCAUUCCUUGUAUUGUAGUCAAAAUUUUGGUUGGAAAGAAAAGGAAGGCCAUUUUGCACUAACUUUCACUGUAUUUGAGAAUGAUAGUGUUCUAGCACAUCUGAGAUGAUUUUGUCAGUAUUUUCCUGAUGUUUCAGUACACUGAAAUGAUAAAACUUUGUAACAUGUAUAUGCCCUUUACGCAAUCCUCAACAAUGAAGGGAAGAAAUGUAAGAUAUUUAUAUAUAUAGAGUUGACUGUGACGUGGAUUAUGCUUCAUAAUAUUCAGAAACAAUUUUAUAUAGAAUGUACAAGAUUGAUUGAAUAUUUAAAAGAAUGAUGGCACCACUGGGUUAAGGUGUAUGCUAACAAUUAUUUGGCAUUGUACAUUUUUUAAAACUGACACUUUCAGAAGAAAAGCCAAAUAAAUAUGUUGUGCAUUGCA